AUGGAUGCGCUGAUGCAAGAAAUGAAAGAAAGAGACUGCAAAUGGGACAACUAUACAUAUAACACAAGGUUGAAUGCUUAUACUUUGGCAUCUGAUAUAGAGGGCAUGGAGAAACUGUUGUGGAAGAUGGAGGCUGACCCUUCUAUUAAAAUGGACUGGAAUUCUUAUGUCGUUGCAGCUAAUGGGUACCUAAAAUCUGGCCAACUGGAGAAAGCAUUGGCAACGAUGAAGAAAGCUGAGAAACUCAGUAAUAUCAAAAAUUGGAAGAGAACCUCCGAGAUCCUUCUAACUAUGUAUGGCCAACUUGGGAGUAAAGAUGAGCUGUCCCAGCAGUGGAAUGUGUAUAAGCAAAAGGGUAAGUUCGAUAACACCACUUACUUAGCCAUGAUAACCUCGCUAGUAAGAUUGGAUGAUAUUGCUGGUGCUAAGAAAAUAGUUGAGGAGUGGGAAUGCGGGAAGAUUUUCUAUGAUGGUGGGAUCCCGAGGUUUCUGAUCGGUGCUUAUUGCAAGAAGGGCUCUUGUGAUGAGGCCGAAGCAUACGUGAAAAAGACUUGUUGA